AUGGCUGCGAGGAUGGCAUUCGCAAACUUUUUCGGUAGUAAACAAAAAACAUUUCGUCCCAGAAAACGCGGCAUAUUUGAGGAGGGGACACUCAAAUUUCGACUGCACAAGCAGGCUAAUGCAUCUCUGAAUUCUGGUAUUGACCUUCAGGAGGUGGUAAAACUACCACCUGGAGAGGAUCGCUGUGACUGGAUAGCUGUUCAUGUGGUAGACUUCUUCAACAGAAUCAACAUGUUAUAUGGCACAUUGUGUGAAUACUGCACAGAACAGACCUGUCCUACAAUGUCAGGGGGACCAAAGUAUGACUAUUAUUGGUGUGAUGGUAUAAAUUAUAAGAGGCCCACCUCCCUGGCUGCGCCGAAGUACAUCUCCAAUCUCAUGGAAUGGGUGGAGGAACAGAUCAACAAUGAAGAAAUAUUCCCCGUGAAAGUUGGUGUGCCAUUUCCAAAGAAUUUCAUCCCCACAGUAAAGAAGAUUCUGACACGCCUGUUCCGGGUCUUUGUUCAUGUGUAUAUCCACCAUUUUGAUAAAUUACUGGCUCUGGAGGCGGAGGCUCAUGUCAACACAUGCUACAAACACUUCUAUUACUUCAUCAAGGAAUUUGAAUUGGUAGAGAAAAAGGAGCUAGAACCACUACGUGAAAUGACAGAGAGAAUAUGUCACUAACAGAACUUGAAGCAACAUGAAAGGUUUCUGGAAGGGUAAUGGUACACUAUUUGUCCCUUAUGUUGAAUAAAGCAACGCUGAGGGUAUAGACAGAGAGAAUGGGUUUGUGAACCAAAACAGUUACACAAAUCCAGCAGUAGCAGAGUGAAACACCUCCAUUAUGGACUUCAUUAUAGCGCAGGGAAUCUUAUCUAAUCAUCGUCAUCAUCAUCGUCGUCAUUGCUACAUUGGUUUUAACGAAACUCGUUGAUCAGUGGAGACAGACAUUUAUUGGUGCUCCUCUGAUACCCAAGUAGAUCAAUUAAUAGUCUACCUGUGUGUUAAAUAGGCUUAUCACUAAAUCACUGACAUACAGAAUUCAACCUAUUUGUUACACUGUCAGGAUGGUUACAGUUAGGAUGUUGAUAAUCCUGACAACGUUACACUGUCCGGACUGUUACAAUUAGGAUGUUGAUAAUCCUGACAACAUUACACUGUCCGGACAGUUACAGUUAGGAUGUUGAUAAUCCUGACAACGUUACACUGUCCGGACGGUUACAGUUAGGAUGUUGAUAAUCCUGACAACGUUACACUGUCCGGACGGUUACAGUUAGGAUGUUGAUAAUCCUGACAACGUUACACUGUCCGGACGGUUACAGUUAGGAUGUUGAUAAUCCUGACAAUAAGUAGAUUAUUGGAUUGCAAUUGUUUUUGUUAGAUUAUUAGACAUUUAAAUUGUUAAAAGAUUUACAAUGUUCACACCUUCAUAUGUUCAUUAGUUUCCCCAUUGUAAUAUCACAUUAUACUGUGUAAUACUGUAUUACAUGAUACUGUGUAACAUCACAUUAUACUGUGUAAUACUGUAUUACAUGAUACUCUGUAACAUCACAUGAUACAUUGAUACAUGGUAUCGUAUUAUAUUUUGUAAAACUAUG